AAACUCCUCAAGUCCUUCUAAUUUGAAGGUGUGUCUUCACUGGAAGGAAGGAAUGAUAGGCUUAAAUCCAGUUGGUCCUGGGUGAAGUUCCUCACUGCUUGUUGGAAGGGAGGAACCUGUUAAAGCUGUUGGGAGUUGAGUUCUGCCUGAAGAAGAGCUGCUGAGAAGAAGAAGACACCCUUUCCAAGAGCUCAGCAGGUCAGAAGAUUCAGAAUGCAUGGUAUUCUGAGGAGCAUCAACCGGACGGUCAAAGGGUUGGCCACCGAGAUACCUCGUCUGGCAACAAUGAAAGAGCUCUUGGCACAGCAUCCUCGUGUGCUCUUCAGAAGGACCUCCACGCAAGAGCCCCACCAACUUCGCAGGGACCUUGGCGUCCCCAACCCAAGUUGGAGCCAAGAGAUGAUGGACCAGUUUGAAAAAUUCACAAAGAUGUCCGAAGAUGGAUCUUGGCAACGCAUCCCGAGUUAUAACAACAGCGUGGACAGCAUGCCUGGUCAGUCUUUCUAUCCCACUCCAAGCAUUUCCUCCCAGAGUGGCCUUCCUCCGGCAAAUGUCCGCUUGUUAGAAAGAUGGCAAGUUCUCCAUCUUCAGGCCUGCCCAAAUAAUCGUUCUUCUAGAUCCUUCCCUCUGCAAUUUCUCAGCAAAUUGGGCUACAACCCGACAAAGCAUCCAGAUGCCUGCUUGUUCGUCCGAAACGUGGCUGCCGAAGGCCGCGGGUUCGAGUUUGCCAUGUUUUACAAUGGCUCGGAGAGACGGAUGGCAGUUCCUCUCCAAACUGGGUCGUAUUUGGAAGGGAUGAUCGGAUUCGUGCACGGGGGGGCCGUGGCCGCCAUCCUGGAUCACACCUUUGCCAGUUGCGGCAUCUGUGCCUCGGGGAUCGUGGUGACCGCCAACCUCUCCGUGAGCUACAAGAGCCCCAUCCCGCUGGGCUCUGUAGUCCUCGUGGAAACCAAGGUGGAGAAAGUAGAAGAGAAGAAGAUAUUUCUGUCCGGGUGUGUGCAGAGUACCAACGCGCGAAUCCUUCACGCAGAAGCCACAG